AUGGAGAAGAAACUAUAUGAAGCAGUGAUAGAGGGCAAUGUAGAAUCCUUGCUUAAACUUCUCCAAGAAGAUGCGUUGAUUCUUAAUAGAUGCAUUUUUACAUUUUUGGGAGACGCCUUUCCGUGUAGCACCAUGCUUGGACAUAAAAAAUUCGUAUUCGCCCUUGUGCAGCAGAAGCCUGAACUAGCUAAGGAUAGAAAGACUAGUUCAAAGAAUCCUAAAACAUAUUUACAUCGAUCAUCGCCUUUCAUUUGGCGGUUGCUAAAGGAACGGACUAGCCCCUGUCCACCUAGCAGCGAUAAAAGGACGGGUCAAUGUCUUACAAGAGUUGCGUCGAGCAAGACCGACUGCAGCCCUAGUGGCUGUUCAUGGAGGGAAACCAUUCUGCAUUUGUGUGUGAAACAUAAUCAGAUAGAUGCUUUGAAGCUUAUAGUGAAGAGUAUUGAAGAUUAUGAGCUCGUAAAUUCUAAAGAUAAUGAUGGCAACAUUGCCUUACAUUUAGUAGUGGCUGAUAAGCAAGUUGAGGUCAAUGUUGGAGUGGAGUGGAGUGAAGGGAGAGGAGAAAACCUACAGCAGCAGCCAUCAAGGGACAUAAUUUCUUUGUGCUCUGCCAACAGUUACUCUAGUCCCUUAGAUAGAAUUUUAUAUGUGAGGAAAUAUAAUAUUGAAUUGAACCAAAAGAUCAAUGAAACAAGGCAAGUCAUACAUUUUUUGCGUACGAGCAUUACAGUCGAGGUGAAUGCACCGAAUCACAAUGAGAUCGACCUUAAACAAGUAGAAGACCAGUUGGAGUUAUUCAAGGAGCAGGAUGAUUGGAUGGAGAAAAAACGAAGUGCGUUAAUGGUGGUGGCUUCACUAAUUGUGUCAUGGCAUUUCAAGUUGGAGUGA